GCAUUAACAUUCCAUUCACCACAUUGAUAUGGCAGUGUUAGAGCCAUUCUUCUUUUUCAUACACGUCGUUUUUUUAUUGUCCUUGCAUUCUGGCUCUCCUCUAGUAGCCAGUUUUGUCCGACACGGGAACGAGACUGACCGUCUAGCCUUGCUUGCAUUCAAGGCUGCAAUAACAAGUGAUCCCUUCGGAGCUCUGAACUCGUGGAAUGAAUCCAUCCACUUUUGUCAAUGGGUUGGCGUGACAUGUGAACGUCGACACCAUAGGGCCAUUGUGUUGAGACUUGAACAUCAGGAGCUCACUGGAUCUGUUUCUCCUCACGUCGGAAACUUGAGCUUUCUCAGGGAACUAUGGCUGCGGAACAAUAGCUUGAGUCGUGAAAUUCCACCAGAACUUGGCCGCUUGCGAAGACUACAAAUAUUGACAGUGGUCAAUAAUUCGAUUACAGGCGAAAUUCCGUCCAGUAUAUCUGGUUGCUCUAACCUUAUUGCCCUAGAACUCUCUGGCAAUAAGCUGGCAGGGAAAAUUCCUUCGGAGCUCGGUUCUUUGACUAAGCUCGAGAGACUGCUGAUAGGAAGCAACAACAUAACAGGAGGUCUUCCUUCUACUCUUGGGAAUCUAUCUUCUCUUACAAAUCUGGCUGCUUAUUUCAAUAUUAUUAGUGGGAUUAUACCAGAUACUCUUGGUGGAUGCAAAAAAUUAGAAGUUCUUAGAUUAGGGGUGAACAAGUUGGUCGGUACCAUUCCUCUCUCAAUCUAUAAUCUCUCUUCUAUGAGACACUUACUGGUAACAAGUAACCAAAUUGAAGGCAGCCUUCCUACAGACCUAGGAAUCACACUUCCUAAUCUUCUGCGCCUAGUUCUUGCUAUCAACUUGUUUACUGGUUAUAUACCUAUUUCAGUAUCCAAUGCCACCAAACUAUAUCUCCUCGACCUGGGAGUAAAUAGAUUUAAAGGAAAAGUCCCUCCUGUAGAAAAGCUGCGUGAUGUUGAGAUAUUAAUUUUAGAUCAUAAUCAUCUAGGAACAGGGGAAGUGGAAGACUUGAGCUUUCUAAACUCACUGACCAAUGCUACCAAGUUGCAGGGUAUAUCUCUGGGCCAGAAUAACUUUGGAGGGGUGUUGCCUAAAUCAAUUAACAACUUUUCCACUCAUCUUAGUGGACUAAUAUUUAGUGACAAUAACAUAGGUGGGAGCAUCCCAACCGGGAUAGGGAAUCUUAUCAAUUUGGAUGGUCUUUCCAUGUCCAACAACCAUCUAAGCGGCAACCUUCCUGCUGAAAUUGGGAAGCUUCAAAAGCUAAAGCUAUUGGAUCUCGGUGGUAACAAUUUCUAUGCGGAGAUCCCAUCAUCUCUUGCGAAUUUAACUUCUUUAUAUGAACUUGGUUUGUCUCAAAAUAAUCUCCAAAGCAGCAUCCCUUCAAGUCUGGGGAAAUGUCAAUUAUUGCAGCUACUAUAUCUUGAUCAAAAUAACCUUAGUGGUAACAUACCCAAAGAAGUUUUCACCAUCUCAUCGUUGUUGGGACUAGAUAUAUCUUACAACAAUUUGGCUGGUAACCUUCCAGUAGAAGUAGGAUAUUUAAAAAAUCUUGAAGGCUUUUUUGCUUCUGAGAACACACUAUCUAGUAGAAUUCCAAGCACGCUAGGUAGCUGUGUAAAACUAAGAUUACUAUACCUUGGUGGCAACAAAUUAUGGGGAAACCUUCCUCCAACCUUAGCUAAUUUGAGAGGUGUGGAAAAAUUAAAUCUCUCUCACAACAAUAUCUCAGGACAAAUCCCAGAGUACAUGGAUGACUUCAUCUUUUUAAACAUAUUAGACUUGUCAUUUAAUGAUUUUGAGGGUGCUGUACCAGAAAGAGGUGUAUUUAGGAAUACAACCGCCAUUUCUGUUGAAGGAAACAACAAGCUCUGUGGGGGCAUAGCUGCAUUGCAACUGCGCAGUUGCAAGUCUAAAAAGGGUACAAGGAAAGGAUUCACUAUAAUUGGGAAAUUAAUACUCUCGGUAUCAUGUGGGCUUCUCGGACUAUUUGUGAUGUUGGGUGUUCUGUAUCUUUGUUGGUCUAGGAAGACAACAAAAGUACCCCCAUUCCAACUAUUAGGAAACUCAUUUCUGCAAUUGUCCUACCAAAGUCUGCAUAGAGCUACUGAUGGGUUCUCCCUAUCCAACUUAAUUGGAGUGGGUAGUUUUGGUUCAGUUUAUAAAGGAAUUCUUGAUCAAAGUGGAAAAGUUGUUGCAGUGAAGGUUCUAAACCUUCAAUUCUCUGGUGCCUUGAAGAGUUUCAUAGCCGAGUGUAAAGCCAUGAAGAGCAUCAAACAUCGGAAUCUUGUAAGGAUUCUUACGGCAUGUUUGAGUAUUGACUAUCAAGGGAAUGAUUUCAAAGCUCUGGUUUAUGAGUUCAUGGUCAAUGGGAGCCUACACGAGUGGUUACAUCCAAAUGGUAAUGAAGAUGGUGUGCACGAGAAGCAAAGGAGUUUAAACCUGCUACAAAGGCUUCAUAUUGCAAUCGAUGUUGCUUCUGCUCUUGAUUAUCUUCACCGUCAUUGUUGGGAACCAAUAGUUCACUGUGAUUUGAAGCCAAGCAAUGUUCUUCUGGACAAUGAAAUGACUGCGCGUGUAGCUGAUUUUGGUUUAGCAAGAUUCCUUCCUACAACCUCCCAUGAGCCUUCUGCAAAUCAAUCAAGUUCCAUUGGCAUGAGAGGAUCUGUUGGUUAUGCUCCUCCAGAGUAUGGCAUGGGAAAUGCGGUAUCAACGUCUGGAGAUGUGUAUAGCUAUGGCAUCCUUUUGUUGGAGAUGGUCACUGGGAAGAGACCGACCGAUAGCAUGUUUACCGGUAGUCUUAUUCUGCACAACUUUGCUAAGACAACCCUACUUGAACCAGUGGAGAGCAUUUUCGACCAAACAUUGAUUCCACAAGGACAAAUGGGGGAGGCAAGCACAAGUAUCAGUAGCAUUCGGAAUCAGAGCUCUCUCAGCAGUCAUAAAAUUCACGAGUGCUUGAUUUCACUACUUAAAGUUGGAAUCGCCUGUUCACAAGAACAAGCAACAGAUCGCCCGAGCAUCAACGAGGUUAUCACCAAUUUGCAUAAGAUAAAGAACAUUCUUCUUGGAAGUUGAGUACGUGGAGGUAGAAGAUCUAGAACUGCAGUGUUAUCAUCGGUUUCUGAUGUGUAGUUGGUAUUGAAGACACUUCUUGACGUAAUAGACUUAACGUAGUAUAGUGUGCUGUAAUUUCCCAUUCUGCUUCUUUGAUGUUCUCUCAGUUUGCAAAUUUGCUGAAUAAAUGUACUGUACUGUGUCUACAGCUUGCUAUGAAGAUCCUGUCUUUACUCUUAUUAAGGAAUUCUGUAGUUUAAGUAGGC